GUUCGUGUUUGCUUGUUGGUCGGAGGGGAGGCGUUAAUAAAAGUAGUUUGGGAAGUUUCGCAGCGGUUAUUUUUACACGGGAAGAAGGGGGAAAAUACGGUGGGACACGAUCGGCGUCCGUGUCGGACAAAACAAACAUGGAAAUCCCUGCAGUAAACCUGAAGGCCAUCGUCUUCGUGCACUGGUUGCUGACCAUCUGGGGCUGCAUGGCCUCAUGGCUGCCCUCGUCGUACGCCUGGGGGAAUUUCACUGUCCUGGCCCUUGCUGUUUGGGCCAUUGUUCAGAGGGACUCUGUCGACGCAGUGCUGAUGUUUCUGGUUGGGAUGGUGAUGACCAUGCUGACGGACAUCAUCCACUUUGGGAUCUUCUACCCGCUGGCGGACAACCUGACGGACAGGACACGGGACACGUUCCGCUUCAGCGUGGGCAUGGCCAUCCUCAGCUUGCUGCUUAAGCCCGUCUCCUGCUUCUUUGUCUACCAGAUGUACCGCGAGAGGGGCGGAGACUACAAUGUUAACUUUGGCUUUCCCGGUGUCAGCCGGAACCGUGACGCGUACCAGUCCAUCGACCAGCAGGACCAGCCCGUGGGACCAGCCAACCCUUUCAGCCAACCGGAAGACGGCAAGCCAAUGUCGUACUGAGAGAGGCAUGGAGAGACCUAGGCCGAACUGCCACAUUCAUCAGUAUUUGGAGGUUGAACUAUAGUUCCCAGUGAAUUGAAAAGCAUAGGUAGGGUUACUGGCUAAUCCUACUCUGAGCAUUAACCUGCUUGCUGACUAUUUCCAUGUUAAUUUAGUUCUGGACAGUGUUCCUCCUAUGUGUUACAGUCGGUCAGAAGACCAUUCAGAGUUUAAAAGGUUUUAAAAACUGCCAUUUUAGAUUAAAUUAUAAAUUUAUUUGAACUCGUGUGCCUUUCUGACACUGUUAUUAAAGAUGUGGUAGGUGAAAGCGGUUCAUGAUGCAGGCCUGCCAUGCGCAAGGAGCGGGAAAAGGUGGAGUUAAUGCUGUACUGCGGUUCAUGAUGCAGGCCUGUCAUGCCCAAGGAGCGUGAGAAUGUGCAGUUAAUGCUGCACUGCGGUUCAUGGCCGCUUAUGGUGGGCAGUUAGCCUGUGUUGAUGUGUUAUUAAAACAGGGCUGAUAAAAGCUCAGCUUCUGAUUUUUGUAAACAUUCACCUUCAGUGCUGUGUUAGAAUAACAUUUUCAUGUGUGAUGUAUGUGUGAAUCUGUCUGUAGUUUAAAUAUUGGAUGAAAGAUUUGAGUUUGAUUUGAAUCUCAUUUCACCUUUUGGAAAGCUUUAACACUAACUGGUCAUUACUGUAUAAACCCAGAAUUUCAACUGGCAGAUUUUACUAUUACUAUUUUUUGUCAUACUGAAACAGCAGCUGCACUUAUGAGCAACUUUGACUAUGCUGAUGUAUUUCAUUAGUAAGUUUGCAGGGCCACCAGCUAUUAGACGAGGCAGGAACGGGUCAAAUGAUUCUGUAAGAAGUACAGUAAUGGGUCACAAGUAGUGUACAGUCUUUAUACCAUGCACCCUUUGUUUGUUAGCGCUAAUACAGAAUUAUGUCAUAAGCAGUUUAAAGUCUUGGUGCCAUAUGUGCACUUUAACACUCAGGGCACAGAGCUUAACACUUUUGUGACACAGCACCCCCUACCUGUGCUCAGAAAACUGCGCCUUUACUGUGCUUUUUCUGUCAAUCGCUCACCAUCUCUUUGCUGCUUUCGGCCUGUUGCACACUGUCACGCCCUUUAAGGAACUUUCGCAGUUAGGAUUCAGAGCUGCAUCGUGUUCUAUAAGAUUUCUGAAGUUAAAUGUCACCCCUGCCCUGCCCUUCAAGAAAUGUCUACUUGGUGCAGCUGUUCAUCAUUAUUAAGAGUUGUAGUUUAAUAGUACAGAUUCAUAUUGGUGCCAGUUCAUAUGCUAAAAACCAGAGGGCUGUCAAGCUCGGCGCAUGGUUGGCCAUUUCGGCUCUGGUGUCCCAGUCCCAGCAUUUGAGGUCUGUCCAGAGGAAGCCUGUGCAAUGCUUCAAGCGCGGAGCUGUGGGUUCGCCCAUCUGCCCGCCUCGCCUGCGCCUUCGCUGUCUGCGAAGAGUCGCCACGUUUCCCCGUUUAGUCACCGAUGAGAGAUUUGUCCGUUCCGACAGAAGCGGGUCAUUCCCAUCGCUCUGCGUCUCACUCCCCCUCUUUAGUUUUAUUAAUUAAGUAAUCAGCUGAGGAAGGCAGGGUGUGACACUGGGGGGUGGGGGGGGGGGCAACUCCUGUAGUGCACAAGCAAACACCUUCUGCUUUACAUUUAGACAAACCCCCCCCCCCCCCAAGUCAGCUUUCAAGUUGCUUUAGCGAUACUACAGGUCUCCAUAGAAACCAUGUUUCAUCUGCAGGGAAAGACAAUUCUUGUCUACUUUAAUUCAUAUAAGGAUGAGAGAGAAGUGUAUUGCUAAUUGAACUCAUAUCAAAAGUCAUCCUGUUCCUGAAAGAAUACAUUUGAAUUUAUUUUUUCUCAACCUCGCCUGACAAGACUGUUAGAAUUGAUAUGAGUAAAUAUAGAUCAGGUGGCGUCAUUUGAGGUUUUAAAUUUUCUUUCUGAAAGGUUUGUUCAUAAUUAUGUAUAGUUAGUAUUGAUGCUUCAGAAGAUCAGCUGCAGGAAAUCAGUUAUGUUUUAGAAGAUCACUGACAAAGCAGCGUCUGAUCCUUGAAAUGGCCUUAGGCUUGUGCUCGGUACCCUUGCACAUACACAGCUGAGCGGAGGAACACAGCACCUGCUUUUCCUGCUUUCAGGCGUUAUUUUUAUUUCCCGUUACACAUUUUAUUUUUAAAAAAAGGAACUAGCUUUGUUUAACGGACAAUGUGAAAACCCAUUAUUUACACUGACAUUCAGUGCCUUUCGCGGUUUGCUAAUACAGAUUUAUAUAAAACCUAUACUGUACAUUUCUUACCAAAGUUGCCUGUGCUGCUUUCUUCAGGGAACAUGUUUAAAUAUGAGGGUCUAAAACACUGCAGUAAAGAAACUCUCAACUGUAUGAAAGGCCUUCAGUUAUUUUUCUUCACUAUGCUGUAACUCUCUCUAGAAAAUAAACCAUUUCUUUUAAUCCA